AUGAUUGAGAGAGGGUAAACAGUUUUCACCAAUUUCUACUAAAUACAAAUAAACCCAAAAAGCCACAUCUAUAGAUAUUAAGUAAUAAAUGUUUGAAUCAUCAUUAAUAGAUUACUUUUUAACCAACCAUGAGCCCAGAAUAACAGAUUUGUAAAUGGAGAGAUAUUUUUAAGGCAGCUAAGACAGGAUUAUAGGAAAACCUCAAGGUGUUUAUCACAAAUAAUUAAAUAUUGUACUCCCCAGUGAGAGCUUAAACAAUGGGAUUGAUUUUAGGAAUAUAUGAAGAAGAAGGAACCAGUUAUACUAUAUCUAUAGAAGAAAAAGCAGUUCUUAAACCUGGAGAACCUGAAUACACUGGAUUGAUUGGAAGGUUCUUUAAAAUGCUGCUAAAGUAGUAAAAGUUACUGCAAAUAGGCCGAAAGUACUUUAAUACUAAGAAUAUAAUAAAUUUUGAUUAAUUUGGUCUCAAAGUAUUUUUAUUCUAAUUUAAUUCAGGUUUUACCUGGAGUCACAUGUAGCUUAAUAAAAUAAGAGGAGCAAGGUAAGUAUUACAUAAAUAUUGAUUCCUCCUUUAAAAUGUUAAGGUGUACAACUAUGUAUGAAGAAUUGCGCAACUCAAGGGAUUAUUCUUUAAUAGAAGGAGCCAUUAUUAUGACAGUCUAUAAUUAUAAGUUUUACAGAGUGAAUAAGAUAAACAGAGAAAUGAAUCCUAAAAGCGAGUUUGAAAAUUAGAAUGGAUCAAAAAUGAGUUACUUGUAAUAUUAUUCUGAGAAGUACUUUAAGUUUUAAUAUGUAGGUAUAAAAUCAAUAUCAAAGACUCAACUUAACCUUUAAUAGAAGUUUUAGAAAAAUCAAGAAAAAAAUAGGAAGAGAAAAUUAUUUAUUUAAUUCCUGAAUUAUGUGUGCUAACAGGAUUAUCAAAUGAAAUGAGAAACAACUUUUAAACCAUGAAAUAAUUAUCUACAGUAACUAAACCAAGAGGUGUUGAUAGAGUCAAAUAAGCAGAUCAAUUUAUUCAAUGUUUUCAUAAUAAAGAAAGUGAAGAACUCAUUAAGAAGUGGAAUAUUUAACUUGAAUCUAAAUGUCUACAAAUACAGAGUUCUAAAGUAAAACCUGGAAAUAUUAUAAUGGGAAAUAACACCUAAAUAAAUAUAGAAACAGGCAAUUUGGACAGAGAUACAUAAACUGCCAUGUUAAGAGGAGUAGGUUUAGAGAAUUGGGCUAUUCUGUAUAGUGAUAGAGAUUCGAGGUAAGCUGAGGAUUUCAUGUCAUGUUUGAGAGAAAGUAUUGAAUAUUGUAAAUUUCAAUGCAAAGCUCCAAGAACAUUCACUAUUAAUUCAAAUAGAAUUGAAGAUUGGAUUAAAUAAGUUGACUUUAUUGUAUAAUAAUCCCAAGGACCUUAAAAAGUAACCCUCUUAUUAUUAAUCUUAAAUGGUCCAAAAAAGAAUGCUCCUUUAUACACAGAUCUAAAAAGAUAUUUAAUUAAUGAUUGUCCUAUAGCAUCGUAGGUAAUAUUAAGUUCUACAUUAAAUUAACCAAAAGGAAAAGUGAAAACAAUUUGUAAUAAAUUGUUAGUUUAAAUUUGUGCUAAAGUAGGAGGAACUCCUUGGGGAAUUUCAGAUUUACCAUUUACUGAUCAACCAACAAUGGUUUGUGGAAUGGAUGUAUAUCAUUCAACAGCUAAAGGAAGGAAAUCAAUGUUAUCUUUUGUUUCUACCGAAGAUGAAUUCUUUAGCAAAUACAUGACAUAAUCCAUCGAAAUGGAUAGCGGAGUUGAGUUUUCAUUUAGCUUAUGUCCUGUUUUGGUAAAGUCUUUGGAAUCUUUCACAAGUGAUAAUAGGACACCUCUUCCUUCAAGAAUAAUAAUCUUUAGAGAUGGUGUUUCAAAUUCAUAAGCAAAAACUGUGAUUGAAACAGAAGUUGCUUAAUUUAGACAGGCGAUUGAAUAAGUAAAGAAGGCAAAAAAUCAUACUAAACCAAUUAAAUUGGUUGUCCUUUCUGUUAAUAAGAAAGUAGGAGCAAAAUUCUACGCUGGAGAAAGGUAUAGUAUUAUAAUAAUUAUUAGAAACUUAGACAAUCCAUCAUAAGGAACAUUGAUUGAUAGUGAAAUUUGUAAUGGGAAGGAUGGCUUUUAUUUGAUUGCCUAAAAAACCACUUAAGGGACUGUUUAGCCUACCUAUUAUCAUGUUUUAGUGAAUGAUUUAAUAGAUGAACCAAAUAUUACAAGUAAGUUGCAAGCUCUAGCUUAUAAACUUUGUUACAUGUAUUACAAUUUUAGCGGGGCAAUAAAAGUAACAUUUAUUUUAUUCUAGAUUCCUGCCCCAAUACAAUAUGCUCAUGUUUGUUCUAACUUUAUCGGAGAUAGGUUUGAUCCUCGUAAACCAUAGACUCUUAUUAAGCCAAGCCAAAUAUUAAAUCAAAGAAGAUCCCUCUUCUUUAUUUGA